AUGGAGCUUUAUGAUUUUUUUAGCCUGCAGGUUACAUUACAGGGAAUACUGAAACUUCUUUCUCUCCUUACAAUCGCGUACUGGAUACUAUGGAUUAUUUAUACGCGAUUUUUCCACCCACUAGCACGGUUUCCAGGUCCUUUUUGGGCGUCGGUUUCACGCGCGUGGAUUGUAUGUUCCGUCGCCAGCGGUGACCCUCAUGGAACGCAGCGACUGCUGCAUGCGCAAUAUGGCCCGAUCGUAAGAAUUGCUCCAAAUGAGCUUGCUAUCAGUGAUCCGGAGGCUAUCAAAGUUAUCUACGGAGUGAACUCGGGCUUUGUGAAGAGUGAUUUCUACCUGUCCUUUAGAGCACCAUAUAUCAUGGAUCACAAAAUCCAUGCUAUGCGACGCCGCAUUGUGAACAGCACGUAUACGAUGCCGGUCAUUUUGCAAUCUGAAAAGUAUAUCGAUACUUGCACAAACAUGUUGCUGCGGCAAUUUGGGCAGUUUGCCGACGAGAGGAAAUCGCUGGAUCUCUUUGAAUGGAUGCGAAUGUACGCGUAUGACGUGAUUGGCGAGCUUUACUUCAGCAAGAUGUUCGGCUUAAUGGAAGCCCAAGGCGACAACCUUGGUGUCAUGAAAGCUACGGAUACAUUGAUCCCUGCCAUGAGCCUUUCCGGCGUCAUGCCCACAUAUGUUCGGUCUUUAUUCAAGCUCAGUGGAGCUUUUCUUGCCGAGACCCGCCAAGCAGUUGGAGCUCUAGAUGGCUUGGCAAAAUCAGCAGACCUGGCUGUCAAUAAGCACAUCCAGAAGUCUGCAGAAGCGACAAGCACCUUAUCUCCGCGCACCGAUUUUGUGUCGAAGCUGUUCAAACUUCACCAGGAGCAGGGCGAGAAACUUGAUUUUCAGAUUGAAGAUGUGAAGCUAGAGGCAUUUGGAGCAUACUUUGCUGGAAGCGACACCACGUCUAUUCACCUAUCCACGACACUCUACCAUAUUAUAAAAAGUCCGGCGAUUUACGGCACCCUUAUCAAUGAAAUUGAACAGGCCACGAAGCGCGGAGAGCUUAGCUCACCGCACAUCUCAUAUCACGAAGCAUGCAGACUGCCAUACCUGAGUGCCUGUAUCAAAGAAGGUGCACGGUUUCAUCCAAGUGUGGCGCUUACAAUGCCCCGAGAUGUGCCUGCGGGCGGAUGCACUAUUGCAGGGCAGUGGGUUCCUGGAGGAGCCCGAGUGGGUAUAAAUCCGGCUGUUGUGCAAUUAGACGCCGGGGUGUUUGGAUAUGAUGCACACGAAUUCAAUCCAGAUCGCUGGCUAGCACCGGAUGCUGACAGAAUGAACAAAUAUAUUCUUCAGUAUGGCGCUGGAUCGAGAAGCUGUAUGGGCAAAAAUAUUGCCUUGUGCGAAAUGUAUAAAUUGAUCCCUGAUCUUCUUCGUUCAUACCGUCUCGAGCUCGAGAAUCCCGAUUAUGCUUUGGAAACUAGCGGACUUUGGCUUCACAGGCCUGGCUCUAUGCAGAUACGUGUUUAUCGCCCAAAUGAUGACUAG